UGCAAUUUAUGUAAUAUGCAGUGUAUAAUAACAAAGUACAAAAAGAAUAAUAAAAUGAAUGAUACGAAUUGUAAAAUCGAUUUUAAAUGUCUGCUAAGUUGACUAAAAAAAAAAAAGAAGGAACCGAGAAGGUCGACGUAGCUGUUUGUCUAUCGGCGGAGAAGUAUAUUAUUCCACUGAGACUUGAGGAUAGUUUAACAAAAGUUCGUGAAGAACUUGUGAAAAUAAGUGAAAUUAAUAUGAAUGAAAAAUUAUUUGAUAAUGGUAUUGGUAUUAUACCAUUCAAAAUGGAAGAUACUUUCAAAUUAAAAGGAAUUGUUAGAAAAACGAAGUCAUACGAGUUAUUAUUAAAAGUAAACUUAUGGAAACAUUUGAACGAAACACUUAAAUUUAAAUUAGAUUAUGGAUUUAAAAUGACUUUAAAGAAGGCGAGCGAGAGAGCAUUUGCAAUGAGUGAUUGUAAUGUUUUUCCACUUGCCACAAGACAACUGACUGUUAAGAAUGAAAGUAAUGAUGAUCAAACGGCAGGAAAAGAAUUAUCUUUUAACUCGGAUCUUGAUACAGCUGGUAUACCAUUAUCAUUUGGAAUAUCAGGAAAUAAGAGCAGUGUAACUGGAACAAAUUCAUCUGAUGAGACCACUUAUUAUUAUAAAAAUCGUUUAGAAUUUAAAGAAUAUUUAGAGCCAACUGAAAACUUCCUUGCAGAAGUGAAGAAUGCCAUGAAUUUAAAUGAUCCUGAUCCUAGAAAAUUUAAAAAAAUUGUUGAAAGGUAUGGCCAAAUUAUUCCAACAGAGAUCAUUAUGGGUGGAAAAGAUUAUAAAAAGGAAUUUGGAACGUCAAAAGAUAAAUCUCAAGGUUUUAUGGCAAAUAUUAAAAUACCGUGUGUUGAAGGGAGAAUCUCUUCAAGUGAUUCAAAAAAAAGUUCAUCAUUACAUACAGAAGAAUCAGAACAAGACUGGGUAUGCAUAGAAUAUAACAAUUGUAUUAAUAUUUUUCAACUUUUAGUUGACUAUCUAAAACGCGAAGAUUUACGCGAAGAUAUAUGCAAAGUUUUAGACGAAGAUUUACGCAAAAAUUUACGCGAAAGAAUAUUUUCUAUUAUUGGGGAAAGAAUACUUCAUUCAGGUAUUGAAACGUGCAUUUGUACAUUCAAUGGAGGAGGUUCAUUCAUUGAAGAAUUUAAGACUAUACCAAAAAAGAUUUUAGAUAUGAUAAGUGAGGAAGCUGAUAUUAGUAUUUUUGCGGUAGUUUUUGAUACUAAAGAUAAAAAAAAGAGUUUUCUUAACGUUAAGUUUAAGGCGUUUUCAAAAGAUAAAGAUGACGAUUUUUUUAAUUGUCAAAUCAUUUGUCAUCAGGGUCAAAAGCCAAAAUAUGUUAUAUGUUGUAAUCAAAAAGAUUCCGAAUUAAGCGGAUGUGAUUUAAAAAUCAAAUAUAUGAUUGUUGGAAAAUAUACGAAUUUUAAUUCUAUUGAUUAUGACGAAUUGGAUUCCGAUAUUCAAUUAAAAGUCAUAAAGAAUGAUAUUAAUCAAAAAUUUAAUAAAAGUAUAUUACCGGGGGAUUCAUCAGAUCACUUUAUUGGAACUCCUGUUUUAAAAGAUUCAAAAGGUUUAAAAGGUUUAAAUCAAGGUUCUAUUGUCGGUCAUUAUUUUUAUACAGAACAAGAUAACGUUGGAGUAUUUACAUUUAAUUAUUGUCCGAGACAAAAAAAGUAUGUUGAUUUACCUACUUUUAGCUUUUAUACUCUUAAAAUUUCUAACAUUUAUGGUACAAGUAAUGGAUUUAAUUAUAAGUAUAAAUCUGAAAUUUAUAAGGAAAUUGAUCAUCCAAAAUAUUUUAGCCUAUACUCAAAAAAUAAUUUUCGUCCAAUUUUUUUUAAAUAUGCGAUCAACGAAAUUGGAUUAAAAAAAAUUAGCUGCAA